GAAAGGAUAUGCAACUACUUUCAGCCAUAACAGGCAUAAAGCAAAUUGCUUGACAAAUAUAAGAAAUUUUCAUGUCAGUUAUCCAAGAUCGGAUUUAAUGGAGUUUUUUGAUGACCCUAAAAAUUGGGGUGAACAAGAAGUCAGAACAGGACGAGCAUGGACAAUAGAUGAAUUACGAAUAAAAAGUAACUCUGAUCUGCAUAAACUUUGGUUUGUUCUUUAUAAAGAAAAAAACAUGCUCUUAACUAUGGAACAGGCUGCUAAAGAUCAAGUUGAAUUAUUUCCUAAUCCUGAAAGAAUUGAUAAAGUUGAAAUUAGUAUGGAAAAUUUAGAAGCUGUUGUCAGAGAAAGAAAUGAAGCUUACUAUUUGCUAGAAACUGGCAAAACAGGUGAAAGACCUCAUGCUUAUAAAGAAGAUUAUUUUGGAAGAUUUAAUGUAGUGCCUUUAGAUGAGCAUCUAGUUCCAAUGAAAGAAAAUGAAAAAUUUUUAGAAGAAGAUUUGUUUCCUACUAUGGAGACAGUGAAUCCUACGUUACCAGAAUUUAUAUUGAAAUUAAAUGAAAAAGAACGAUUAAAAGAACGAGCUGAGCGAAGAAAAAAGAGGGGCUACAUAAAAUUGUUAUUCAAAGAAUUUCCUGAUAUUGACAUGGAAGCAUUACAGGAAGAAUAUCCUGAUAUAGAUGUUUAUGAGUACAAGAAAUAUUUAGAAGAUAAGGAUGAACUCUAAAUCCUCCCCAAGAAAGCGUUUUCUAAUGCCAUGUGUAUAGGUAUGCAAAAUAUGAAAAACUAAUUAUGUAAAUAUGUGAAUAAAAAUGGUUAAUGUGGAAUUUAA